GGUUGAUUACCGACCGGUUAUGAAUAGUGAGUAUUACUGUAGUAUUGCUGUGAAGUUAACCGUAAUAUUGUGUAAAAGAGUGUAAAGUAUGGAAAGUACAGCAAAAGAGGUGUCAAAUGACGGCAUCUAUUGAUUGAAAGGAUAUAUGAAAUGAAAUGUUAAGCGAAAUGAAAACGCGUUUCAAAUGAAAGCCAAUGAAAUGCAAUGAAAAAGGAAAUGAUUUCUCAGUUUUAGUCGAAAAAGUGUUUUAUUUUUUAAUUAAUUUAUUAAUUAUUUAAACGUUUAAUCAUUUAAUUUAUUAUUGAUUUUGGAUUUGAAGUGAACGACAAAAUUAUGACAAUAUUUUCAUUGAGUUCUCAUUUAUUACACUAUUUUUGAACCGAAAAAUCCAUUGAUUUAGCGAUUGUUUGUCGAGAUAUGGGAAUCAACCGACGGAUCAAUCUCUUGACUCUUAGGGAUCAGCCGAAGCUAAUCAAAGGUAUUCUUCGUAACGACAAGCAUGUGGUGAGUCGUCUUCUGGAGGACAAGGAAGAGAUCGACAAAUGCGAUGUCGAGCGAAGAACACCACUUCAUUUGGCCGCAGCCCUCGGCUACACAGCUGUGGCCGAACUGCUCCUGAGUGGCGGCGCCCGAGUGAACGCUCGCGACAACAAUUGGGUCAGUCCUGUCCACAGGGCGUGUCGUAAUAAUCACGAACACAUGGUCUCACUCUUGUUGGCCAACGGCGCCGACGCCAACACUCGCGACCGCCAGUGGAUCACUCCUAUGCACGUCUGCGCCGCCAACAACGGCCUCGAGUGCGCCCGAGUCUUGUUGCCACACAUCAACUCAAUCGACGCCUCCGACAGAGUGGGCGCCUCUCCCUUACAUCACGCGGUGUUUAACUCGCACUUGGAUUUGACGUCAUUCUUGCUGUCAAACAGAGCUCAGGCCAAUCACUUCGACAAUUGCGACCGACGACCCAUCCAUUACGCGGCCGCUGUGGACAAUACGGACGCCAUUCGCUUUCUGGUGGAGACGGGAGGCGCCGAAGUGGACGUUCACGACAAGGAUAUGAUGACACCUCUGCAUAUGGCGGCCGCAAAGGGAUCUCUCAAUGCUUUGCAUUUACUGCUCGACUUCGGAGCCAAAAUUGAUGCAAUCGAUGCCUUCGGAAACACUGCCGUCCAUUGGGCUGCCCUUCACGGACAGGACGACAUACUCGAUGAGCUGAUCCUAAGGGGCGCCGACUUUGGUUGUGUUAACCACAACGGCAUAACACCUCUUCAUUUAGCGGCCGGUUCUUCAUUAGGUACGAGUGCUUUAGAUGUGUUGCUCACACACAAGGACUCAAUUGAUGUGAAUUCAAGGGACAAAUUCGGCAGAACUGCACUCCAUUUCGCGGCCAAAUACGGUCGCCAUAACAGAAUCGCUGAUCUGAUCCGAUGUGGGGCUGACUGCAGAAUAGCGGACAAGUGUUUGGCGUCGCCUCUGCACUACGCGUCGCUGUCAGGACACACACCAGUGAUGGACGCACUGAUCACUAUAGCCAAAGCGGAUGUGAAUCUAAUCGACACGAAUGGCAUGAGUUGUUUGCACUACUCGUCGUUCGCCGGCUUCUCCAGUGCCUCAAAGCGUUUGUUAGACGCGAACGCAAACUCCCAAAUAUGUGAUACUUGUGGCCGAACGGCUCACUUCAUGGCCGCAUAUUCCGGUAACAUUGAAUGUUUGCAACUCUUGACACCUUUGCCCGAAAGACUUAUCGAUGCCUUCAAUCGCUCGCUUCUUCACUACGCCUCCAACGCUCACACCUCUGAAUGUCUCGACUUUUUGCUCAAGAGUUUUAAACACAAGUUUGAUAUAAACGAGCGCGACAUCAAUGGCUGGACACCUCUGCACUACGCCUCUGCUCGAGACCAGGAGGACAACCCUUGUGUCGAACUCCUGGUCGAGUCCGGCGCCGAACGUGAUAUUCCCGAUAAUCACGGGUUCUAUGCCUUAGAUUACGCGGCCGUCUCUCGACUCACCACUUCUGCUAUCAAUAUAUCAAUUUGAAUACCAAUUGAUUAGACCUUUAGAUCUAAUUACAAAGAGCUGUCAAUUCAGUCGAUAACAUAUUGUUUCGCAAAAAGUUAAAUAUUUUAUAUUAUUUAACGUUUGAUUUUAUUAGGAAAGAGAAGAGAUAUUUAAAUGUAAUUAAUUUAAUACCAAAAAUAAUAAAAUUAAAUAUUAAUAAUGA